AUGUUUGAGAAGUUGAACUUGAUUCUAAACAGCACAGAUCUUCCCGAAUAUUUGAUACGUCGCCUUCGUGCAUUCAAGGAUGACAGUAUGGAUGCAGGCGAUAUUAUACGCAACUUGCGGCAUAGUAAGUCACAUUAUGGAGAAGAAGAUAUUGAAUACUGGAAAUCCAAGGCACCCAGUCGAGGGCGAGAAGAUCUGGAGAGGCUGGAUGACAGGUAUCCCCGAAUCAUGCGGGCUCUCGACCGUUUAACGCCAUUCCCAGGUCUCUGGGCCGAUAUCUCUUUCGCAUUCCCCAGGCGGCUGGUCGAAUGUGCUUGUCCAAUGGAGAUUUGCAACUACCUCAAUUCAAUCUAUGGUAUUUGGUCGACCGCAUUUGAAGAAGAAUCCAUCCAUGUUGACGUCAACUCGGUCCGCCUCGUAGAAAACUUAAUGCCAGAAUCCACUGCUGACAAGCAGCUUAUAGAAUCCUUAAUGGACAAUGGUACACUCUUUCCUUCCCUUGGCGAUGAAAAUAUUCGAAAAAGCGUCCUACAACGUCUUCUGGAAACAAAGGGCAGGAUAUUGAGCCUGCACUCGCUGGUACAGGACACACUAUUUAUACAGCCCUGUGCCAAAGCAUUGCGACAGCUUGUCCCCCCGGCAUUUCUUGACUUGAGAGACGCUCUGAUGCGCAGGCUUGAGACCCAUGAGGCUGCCUGGACUAUUCAAGUGUCAGAGACCGUGGCUGAAACCUUCACCGCUGACCUUGAUUCCUCCUCACUCGCGUGCGAUGGGAGCAUAUGCGCUGUGGCAUAUGUACAAUUAUGGCUCUUUGCAAUGCGCUACAUUGAAAAUCUUACCAGUGCAACCCUCCCUGGCCGUCAGAAAGAGUUCUGCGAUGAGAAUCAUAUAUACCGGGAAACACGGCAAGAGUCAAGCCAUGAACUUGCUAUACUAGCACAAACAUUGGGGUUUGACUCUCCCCAGAUUCGCUCGCUCUGUAAAAAGAGGUCCGCGAAAUCUAGCGCUCGGGCCUUCCUUACUGGUCGACGGCCUGCGGAACGCUAUGAUUACCCCCGACAUUGGCUUGACAAGGCACCUGAGAAGAUUGUCGAUAUACUGAAACUGCCAAUGGACAAAACGUCCAAGUCACCUGCCAUGCCAUCUCUCAGCUUUGAAGGGAAUGGGCAAUUACCGGUAGUCCAAAAACGUUGUGGGCUCCCGUCAUGGACAACAUACCAGAAAAACCGGCAAUUCUUGUUUGUUCCCCAUGUUUAUAGCCCGACCCAAAUUUCAGGGGAACACCCAUCGUCAUUUGCUAUUCUGCGUGACAUAAUAUUUUCCUUCUUUGGCCGACAUCUGUUUCCGGCAGGAAUAAAGGCACCAUGGUUGGAUACAGCAACAGAGCCGCAUGCAAGCCCAACCAGGGACAAUCCUGGUCUUUCGCAUGAACCAGUAUCACUGGUUCAACAAGAAUCCUGUCGCAGCCUCACACCUGAGUCUCUAUCACCAGUUUCACUUGAACCCCACCCUCCAGGAACGCCACCUAACCCAGGUGCACUGCCGCCAAAUCAAUUGGAAGCGGAAUUACCUUCUCCGGUACAUCAGGAGGAAACCUCGCUGGCACUGGUUCUAAGACCUCCACUAGCGGCCGGCUUCGAGGAUGACGCCUGCAUUGCUCCAUUGGGGCAGCGGACUUUCAUGACUCACCACCGUGGCGCAGAUGAGAUCUUAACCACUUGGAACCGCUGUCAUGACUCGUCUUUAGCAGUGUUUUACUUCUUUAAAACACGACAGUAUUGCAAAUUCCAACUCAACCACCCAAACUUAGAUGAACACCUCCGAGACUUCAUGGAUCCAAUUUCGAAUGACCAUUACUUCGCUGAUAUUAACAGUGGGUUGAUUCACUCAGAUGACGUUAUACAACACAUCCAUCAGGUACCCCUGAUCCUUGUGUACACCGAUUUCGAGCACAAAAAUCCACCAAAUUUUGGCUUCAGGGACUAUGUUUGUUCAUUUGAUGUUAAGACCGGGAAAAGACAGCAGCGUGAAGGGGAAGAUACUUCAAGCCCUGAGGGUAAACGGCGCACUAAAGCAUGGUCACGCCAGAGCUCUGAGUUAUAA